CCACCCGCCGUAGGGGCCCCUGAAGAAUCUGGUAGAGAUGUGGGCGCGUCGUCCGAGCCUAAGGCUGUGUUGACUGGUACACACGCAUCUGAUGCCGAUACCAACAAAGGGUACGCUUUCGAGUGUGCCAUUCUAUUCGUUGUUUGACGCGCUCGAACACAUGCAGAUCCAUUGGUAUCGACGAUGACGGCGCCACUCGCGACGCCACACGUGUUACUGUGGCGGGGACUGAGAAAGCCCCUGACGCCGACGGUGAUCGCGAUAUGGUAGUAGCUGUCACGGAAAAUAAAAAAGCCGAUGAAAAGAAUGAUGAUCAGCCCACCGCCAACACCAAAACUGAGCAAGCCAGCAACAACAAAGAUGCUAGCAAGCCGGCUGACACAGUGAACGGCGACAAGAACGAUGAUGGUCCCGUCCACAUCAAUGGCGUGCACUACGUCAAUUCUAACAACAACCUUCACACCGUCCCCGCCGCCGCCACACGUCCGUCUUCAAUCGUCCACUCCAAAAAAAGACGUGCCGUAUUCCGCGUCUGGCCACGUGGCCCAAAAGGCAAGGUGUUCUUUUGGUACGAGGCGAAUUUUAUGCCAGGGGGCAAAGUAGCUCCCAACGGUAUCCGCUCAUGGGGAGCCACUCUGUACGACUUUUAUUCCAUCAAACCAAUUCCCAGUGAACCCGGUAUUAUCACCUAUCUCAGCGGGAGUAGGAUCGCCGCUGCGAUGCGCGAGAACGGCGAGGUCGAACAUUGCAAAGAUGAGUUGGAAUGGGCGGAUAAUGAGGAGGGCCCGUGUGAGAUCCCUGUUGCUGGCACGGGAGAACUGAUUGAGUGCUAUGAGGCGCGCACACCAUUGUUUGGGGUGUAUUCGGCAGUGGAGGAGGUAAGGGUCGCUGCCAUAGCUGCUGCUGCCAAGAAAGAUGAAGACAACGAUGAAGAAGAUGAGGAACACGCAGACAACAACAAAGAGGAUGAAGACAACAAUGAAGAUGAGGAAGACGCAGACAACGAUGAAGAGGAUGAAGAGGAUGGAAAGACGGGAACCGACAAAGCAGAAAAACCGGAUUAUGGUAUAUCCUCUGUCCUCAUGCCUGACCGACCUCUCUCGUCGCCAUUCCAUCCUUCACACUAUCCUCCCCCAUGGCCAUUCAUCCCUUUUGCUAACCCCUAUCCACCCGUCCUACUCCAAGAACGCAUCCCGAUGCACCUCUUACCCGAAACACUCUACGUCCACGACCCGUAUUCUCUUCUCAACACUGACCAAUGCCGAGAUAGAAGCGAUGACAAAACAUCAUGGAUCAAUAUGCGCCCUAGGGUCUAUCUCUAUAAACUCAGCUUUGGGUCAUCAAUGCUCAAAGCCGUCGAAGAAUCCAAAAAGACAGCGGAAGAAAGUGUGAGGAAGAAUAAGAGGGUACUGGAUGUGUUUAGGUUCAUGCCAACGGAGGAUGGGUGUGCCCGGGGCGAACCUGCAUACGAAGUGGCAUUACCAACGAAACCAUCUGCACCAACCCGUGUUGAAGAGGCGCAUCUGUACCUCUCACCAGUGGAGAAACUUGGCAAGGGUCAUCAUUCCAUCGUGUACAAAGCCGAGUGGAAGUUGCCUCGGGACUUGUUCACGGAGCCCAAGCUAUGCCAAAGUUGCGUCUCUGAGGAACUCCAAAAGGAAGUGCGCAAGUUGAAGCGGUCCGGACGGUGGCGCGAGAUGAUGCGUCAGGCGGGGCGCGAGGUACCUCCGACAGCGGAAGAGGAGGAAGAAGGUGGGCCUGAAGAACCGGAGGAUGAUAUGUUUGUUUCACCAGAUCCCAAUGAGGAGUUCGACUCAGAACGUAUCACGGUACUCGGACCGCAAUCCAAAUCUGGACAAAAGCAGACGACCCCAAGUUCGUCCACCUCCAGUGACCAAAUACCCGUUCUCCGGGUUUAUUGCCCCAACCUACGCUGGCAGUCCCCGUCAGAUCCAUCCACAAAAUGUUCACAUUUCGUGUUCCGUGAAAGCCCCGUUCCGCGUACAUCUGUUUUCCAAGUUGCAGCUAAACUCUCGAUUCCAUAUGACCCUCACCUUACGUGCGAAGCGGCGAACUAUCAGGAGUUUCCCGAUCACUUCUUUCAACAUUGGAACGGAUAUAAUCUGAUCAAACCGAUCUGUAGUCCGGUUCCCCUGCAUGCACUGGUGCCACAGUUUUACGGCUAUUAUGUACCUGUCGAAGAGGUGGCUUUGUCGGACAAAAAUACCAUGAACGUAGACAAGGAAAAGGCUACCACUAGAAAACCCUACUUAAGCCCUAUCCUCCUCUUGGAACACUGCGGCCAGCCCAUCAACCCCUCCACCCUCUCAGAAGACGACCGCGAAGAAUGUGCCUCACUCUUCCUCCGAUUCAAUGAUGCUGGAUGGCUACACGAGUCGAUCUUUGAGCGGAACGUCCUCGUCCAGCGAGGCUUACCUACACAGUGGCCUAUCCAGCGUGACAACUCUAUCGGCGAAAUGGAGCCGCAGAAUAGUUUUAGGUUGAUCGAUUUCGGACGGUCGAGGAAGAUUAGCGACCCGGUAGACUGGGAGAUGUUGCGGUUGGGGGCGGGGGAGACGGCGGACGCGAUGAAAUUGGUCAAGGUUUCGCGUGGCGCUUUUGUGUGAAUUUGUCGCCCCCUGCAUGCUAACAAGGGCGUAAAAUCGUGUGUAGGUUGGGCUGUUAGUUCUUUUUUUUCUUUGUCUUGGGAACGGGCUGAUUCGCAGGUUCGAAUUCGAGUGUGAAGUGUAUAGACUAAUAUUUAGCAGUGCACACACAGGUAGUGAACCGAAGCCAAUUGUAGAGCAUUUGACUUCCAUCUGUGGUACGUGGCAUGUAGUUCUGAAUGACCUGUGACUAUACAAGGAAACAAAUUACAUUAUGUAGAGUGGAACACGG